AUGGAGGCCGCAUCCGCCCGCUACGCCGCCCGCGACCGCUUCGCCUUCCCUACUGAGCCAGCUUCAUCUCCGUUACAGCGCUACAUCCAGAAUGCCUGUUCCCCCGAGAACUUCGAGCCUAACCUGGCCCUUUCCCUGGAGAUUGCCGACCUCAUCAAUGCGAAGAAGGGCAAUGCGCCUCGAGAAGCCGCCAUCAGCAUCGUGGGCUACAUCAACCACCGGAAUCCGAACGUCUCCCUCUUGGCGCUGAGUCUGCUGGACAUCUGUGCCAAGAACUGCGGCUAUCCGUUCCACCUUCAGAUCAGCACCAAGGAAUUUCUCAAUGAGCUGGUGCGCCGCUUUCCCGAGCGGCCGCCUAUCAGGACCACGCGGACACAGACUAGAAUUCUGGAGCUGAUCGAAGAAUGGCGGCGGACGAUAUGCGAGACGUCAAAGUACAAGGAGGAUCUUGGAUUCAUCCGGGACAUGCACCGGCUGCUGUCUUACAAAGGCUACGUCUUCCCCGCGAUCAAGCGCGAGGAUGCUGCUGUGCUCAACCCCAGCGACAAUCUGAAGAGCGCCGAUGAGAUGGAGGCUGAAGAGCGGGCGGCGCAGAGUGCGAAGUUGCAGGAGUUGAUUCGAAGAGGCACACCUCAUGAUCUGCAAGAAGCGAAUAAGCUAAUGAAGGUCAUGGCGGGUUAUGAUACGAGGCAUAAGACUGACUAUCGUGCAAAGGCGGCGGAAGAAGUGGCCAAGAUUCAGCAGAAAGCGAAGCUGCUAGAGGAGAUGCUGCAGGGUUACAAAGCUGGAGACGAGGUGCGCGAAGGCGACGUCUUCGAAGAGCUGUCGAAUGCUUUGGCUUCGGCGCAUCCGAAGAUUCAGAGGAUGUGCGAAGAGGAGAGCGAAGACACAGAGGCCGUGGCUAAGCUGUUCGAGAUCAACGACAGCAUACAUCGGACGAUCGAACGGUAUAAGCUGAUCAAAAAGGGGGACAUUGAGGGAGCAAAUGCGAUUCCCAAAGGUACGCUGGGAGUCAGUGGAGCAGGUGUUACGACAGGGCCGGGCAACGAGCUUUCACUAAUCGACUUUGGCGGGCCGGAUGACGCCCAAGGAUCAGAGCAGGCUACAGGUGCAGGAGAGCCACCAGCAGCACAACCUAAAGCGAAGGGCAAUGCAUUGGAAGACGACCUCCUUGGCCUUAGCAUGGGCGAUGGUGACUUUGGCGGAGGCGGCGGCAUCUCACUCGGCAACCCUACCCCGUCGAACGGCACACCAGCUCCCGCGCGCAGCACAGCAGACAUCAUGGCGCAGUUCUCACAACCCCGGACGGCGCCUCAAGCGGCAUCCAACUCGAUCUUCUCCCAGCAGCCAGCGCAGCAGCAAACUUCACCCCAACCAAACCUCGACCUCUUCUCUACUGCCCAACCUCCGAAACCCGCAACGCCUGUCCCACCUUCAACCCAGCACUUCCACCAACAGCAAAAGAAACCCGACCCCUUCGCCUCCCUCAACACCCCACCCCGCCAACCAUCCCCCUUCCAAUUCCAACAAUCCACCUCCAAAUCCCCCGCCCCUCCCCCUCCACCCUCCAGCGGAGGCGGCGGCGGCACCCUCGAUCUCCUCGGCAUAGACGCGCCGCCCGCAGCGCCUCCCGCACGACCAGCCUCCACCCACGCCAACGACGACGAAUGGACCUUCACCUCCGCCCUCCCCGCCGCGCCCUCGGAACUCGUCGUCACCAACUCCGCCAUCCGCACCGUCUUCACCUCCUCGCGGACCGGGGCGAAUGGGGACGGGGAGAUUGUGAUCCAGAGUCGUAUCUCCAACGGCACGGCGCAGGAAGUCAAAGACCUCACGUUCCAGCUCGCUGUGACUAAGGCAUAUACACUCCACCUCCUCCCCCAAUCCUCCCGCUCCCUCUCCCCCGGCCAGAAAGACGGCAUCACGCAGACGAUUCGCCUGCAAGGCGUGGAGAGGGGAAAGGGUGGACAGGUGAAGAUGCGGUGGCGCGCGAGUUAUGUUGUCGGCGGGGAGAGCAGGAAUGAGCAGGGGGAGCUCGUGGGUGUUGGCGUGGCUUGA